AUGGAGAUGAUCAAAAAAUGCGAGGUUUUCCAGAGAGAGCCCGACGGCAAAAUACACUACCGUUGCACGGAAGGCAUUAUAAGAUGGGACAACAAACUUUACGUCGCACGAUGGCAAGGCCGGCAGUUGAACCCGUCCAGGUUCGCCGACCUCGAGAACCCGAAGCUUUUGAAAACCGAGGAUCGAGGGCCUUUGGUGGAACCCAGCUGGACGUUGGCGCCAACCGGUGGCGUCUACUACAUCAAGACGCCUAGCUUGUUCGAUUACCGAGGCGAAGUCGAAGACAUGAUCCGGCGAGAAAUCGAGACAUACGAGACACUCGAACGGCACCCUCAUCCGCACGUCGUCCGCUACCACGGCUAUCGCGAGAACCGUGGACGGGUUUCUGGUCUCUGUCUCGAACGAUGCGCGCUGACUUUGGCGGAGAAGGUCGACCCGCGCCACUUGAACAAAAACGAGUUUUUGUCGAGCGGCCGACUUCUUGUAGAUGACACUCUACAUCUGGAUGGUAUUCUCAGCGCAGUCGCUCAUCUUCACUCCCUCGGCCUUGUUCACAACGACAUAACACCUUCCAACAUCUUGAUUGCCGAAGACGGCGGCCUGCUCCUUGGUGACUUUGACAGUUCCUGUCGCAUCGGAAAACCGUUGAUGGACGGAUCUACGGGAACCAAGAGAACGCAUGGAUGGCACGACCCAAAUAUAACCCUUGCCUCUCCACAGAACGACCUGGACGCUCUCAAGGAGUUGCAGACAUGGCUGAUUGGCUCAUCCACCAAUGACUUUAUUUUCAAAUAG